AUGUCUAAUUCUAAAUAUGUGAAUGAUGAAGACUUUGAUGAUGACAUCCCCACCCAGAAUGUUAUUCAACAAAGCUUGCAGCAUAUCCAUAAAAGUGAGACACUUACAGAUUCUGCAGAGAGUGAUAGAUUCCAGUUUGUUAUGAGCACAGAACAUGGAAAGAUAAUCACAGCAAUACGUGCAGGCCAAGAAGCAGACUUGCUGAAGUUGAUGAGGCACAGUUCAGCUUUUAAGGAAGCUGAUCAGCGAGGCUGGCUUCCUUUGCAUGAAGCUGCAGCACAAUUAAACAAGAACAUCCUAGAAAUAACUCUGAAGGCUUCAGACCCCAUUGUGUGGGAGCAGACCAGUCUGAAAGGGGAAACUCCUCUCUUUGUAGCAGUAGACAAAUGCUUCUUAGACAAUGUCCACUUUCUCCUGCUCAGUGGCUGCAAUCCUAAUGUUAAGAAUGAAGAAGGAGAUUCUUCUUUAGUUAUAGCAAUUAAACAUGAUUUAUAUGAAAUUGCCUCCCUGCUGAUAAGUUUUGGAGCAAAUGUAAACUUGCAGUGUGUCAGUAAGAGGACAGCUUUACAUGAAGCAGCCAGACUAGGCAGGAAAGAUAUCGUGAACCUUCUGCUUUGCUCUGGAGCAGAUCCUGAUCCCCGCAGUGCAUAUGGGCUCACUCCCCUAGCGCUGGCUGCACAGAUUGGGCAUACAGAAAUUAUGGAAAUUUUACUGCGAAAAGGUGCUGAUGUCCUUUCACAGGCAGCUGAUUGUGCUUCCAUAUUAUUUGAAGCUGUUGGAGGAGGAAAUCCAGAUUCACUCUCUCUUUUACUAGAAUAUGGAGCUGAUGCCAAUGUGCCAAAACACUCAGGUCACUUGCCUAUCCACAGAGCUGCAUACAGAGGACACUUUCUAGCUUUAAAGCAGCUAGCUUCAGUUACUGAUUAUGCUGCCAUUAAGGAGAGUGGGAUAAGUCCAGUUCACUCAGCAGCAGCAGGAGCACAUCCUCAGUGCCUUGAGUUUCUCCUCAAAUCUGGGUUUGAUGCCAAUUUCAUGUUGCAUGAGAGAGUUCGCAAAGGCUACGAUGAUCAGAGGAAAUCAGCUUUAUAUUUUGCUGUCUCAAAUGGGGAUAUUUGCUCAACUCAGCUGCUUCUGGAUGCUGGAGCCCUGCCAAAUCAAGACCCCAUUAAGUGCCUCCAGCUAGCCUUGAGAAUGGGCAACUAUGAGCUAAUCAAUCUACUGCUUCAGCAUGGGGCCAAUGUAAAUUACUUCUGCAGAGUGAAUACGACGCAUUUCCCCUCAGCUCUGCAGUAUUCUCUAAAAGAUGAAAUCAUGUUAAGAAUGUUGCUGAAUUAUGGGUACGAUGUGUACCGCUGCUUUGAUUGUCAUCAUGGAGACAACAUUCGUUCCCCAUAUGCCUUUGAAGGAUGGACUACUUCUGUUAUCAAAGACAACAUGUUCUGUGACGUGAUAACGCUGUCAUGGCUGAAGCACGUAGCUGGGAAAGUAGUGCGAGUGAUGCUAGAUUAUGUUGAUCAUGUUAGCAUCUGCUGUAAACUGAAAGCAGUUCUCAAGGAACAGACACUAUGGCCAGAAAUCAAUUCCAUUUUGACAAAUCCACGUUCAUUGAAACAUCUUUGUCGUCUGGAGAUUCGGAAAUGCAUGGGUCAUUUGCGUCUGCGUUGUCCUGUCUUCAUGACCUUCCUUCCACUGCCCAAUCGUUUGAAAGAAUAUAUACUGUACAAAGAAUAUGAUCUUUAUGGACAAGGAAACUGGAUAGGAACCCACUAACCCAACUGCAUAGAAUCAUAGGCCUAUAUUUUGGAGAGAAUAUGCAAGUGGACAAAGACUGUAUUGUAUGCAAUUCUUUUUCACUACUAGGAUUUUAGCUUCUAAAAACCAACAAGUCACUUUGGUGAACAUUUUUCUGGAUAAAAAUAAAAAAAGUAGAGUACAGAAAAAGUAUUGGAAACUCAACAUGUAGCCCUCAUAGCAGAAAAAGCAUCCAGAACUUAACAGAAGCAAAUACAGGUAAUGGCAAUAAUAUUUUAAAGUUAUCUAGCAUCCAUGUUUAGGUCAGCAUUUUCAAACAACAUAUGGAAUGGGAAGUGUCCUUCAAGGUAUGUGGGUCAGAUUGUAACCAGGAGUUCAAAUUCUUCUCCAAACUUCUUUGGAGCUGCAACUCUUGCUAUACUUCUACAUCCUGCUUCUGUUGAACCAAAGUACUGUCCUAACAACCUACGCUGGGGUAUUUCAGUUUCUGACUAGAAUCAGGGAGAGGCUUUCCCCCUGCUCCCACCCAAGAAGAGCUGGGAGGAAGAUGAAGUUGUUUGACAAGGUUUUGACUUUUUAAGCUUUGUUAUUUCAUCCAAUUAGCCAGUCCCCAAUUUUAAG